UCUCCCUCACACACUCACUCAACUUCUAUAAUCAAGCGGCCAAAACCUCUCUUCUUCUGUCAACCCUUCUUUGAAGAACUUGUCUUUCUAUCUUUCGGAGAAGUUUAAUAAGCAAGCAAGUCUAGUGUUUUGGCAUGGCAAAGGAUACUGAAGUGGCAGAGGCAGGAUCAUUCUCUGCAAAAGAUUACCAAGACCCACCCCCAGCACCAUUGAUUGAUGCCGAAGAGCUAACAAAGUGGUCAUUUUACAGGGCCUUGAUUGCUGAGUUUAUAGCAACUAUGCUCUUUCUUUACAUCACUGUUUUGACUGUUAUUGGGUACAAAAGCCAGAUUGAUGGAAAUGCUGAUCCUUGUGGUGGGGUUGGUAUUCUUGGUAUUGCUUGGGCCUUUGGUGGCAUGAUCUUUGUUCUUGUUUACUGCACUGCUGGUAUUUCAGGGGGUCACAUUAACCCAGCAGUGACAUUUGGGCUGUUCUUGGCCAGGAAGGUGUCUUUGAUCAGGGCUGUGAUGUACAUGGUGGCCCAAUGCGCGGGAGCCAUAUGUGGUGUUGGGUUGGUCAAGGCCUUCCAAAAGUCUUACUACACAAAAUAUAAUGGCGGAGCCAACGUUUUGGCUGAUGGGUACAGCACAGGCACUGGAUUGGGCGCUGAGAUUAUUGGGACUUUUGUCCUGGUCUACACUGUGUUCUCUGCUACUGAUCCCAAGAGGAGUGCUAGGGACUCCCAUGUGCCUGUAUUGGCUCCUCUCCCAAUUGGAUUUGCUGUGUUCAUGGUUCACUUGGCCACCAUCCCAAUCACAGGAACUGGCAUCAACCCUGCUAGGAGUUUUGGAGCUGCUGUUAUCUACAACAACAAGAAGGCCUGGCAUGACCAGUGGAUCUUUUGGGCUGGACCCUUCAUUGGUGCAGCCAUAGCAGCCUUCUACCACCAAUUCAUCUUGAGAGCAGGAGCUAUUAAGGCUCUCGGGUCAUUCAGGAGCAACCCGAAUGUCUAAACCUGGAGUCAUUUCAACAUGAAUAAUGAGGAGUGCUUGUGCGUGCAUGAUGGUUUCUUCAGCCCUUAGAUUUCUCUCGUGGGGUGGGUGAAAAAUGAGGGUUUGGGAAUCAUGGAAUCUGUAGAUAAAGUCUCUUCGAAAAGGGAGGCUUUUAUUAUCCCUUUUGUCAUUUUCAGGCACUUGCCUUAGAAUUCACUUCAAUGUUAUGUUUUCUUCUAUGCACCUAUUAUGCUUCUAAGAGAAGUCGAGGUCGUGUUUUCUUUUUUGCCUAUAAUUAUAGUCACUUUCAAGUUUCUUCAUCA